UGGCUUUCCGGCCCCCCAGGGCCUGGUGCCGAGUCGGGAACCCUGAGCUGUCCGCAGGCCCACCAUCGCCUGCCCCAGGCCGCCCCCUCCUCUGGCCAGUGUGACCUCUGCUGGGGGCGGUGACUCAGCCUCCCUCCGGGCCUCCCCAGCGUUUAUCCUGCCGCCUUGGCUUUACCUAGUUCAUGAGUCGGCCCCGGGGUCACCCCGAGCGCUUGGUCUUCCUCCAAGGCUGGGGUCAGGAGCCCUUUGCCUGGGCCCUCCCCUCACCCUGACGUCCACAGCUCUCUCGGCCGAGCCUGCCUCUGGGGAGGCUCGGGGCAUCUGUGCCACCUUGGAGGGUGCAGCUGGGUUCCAGCCGGGCCGUGUGGCCACCUGUCUGGGCCCCGGGGCGGACGGCAGCAUUCCUGGGGAGCUGGCUCACCACCUGGGAGCGGGGCGAGGGAUCUGCGUGGUUCACGGGUUCCUGCAGUGGGCACCGCGGCGCACGCAGGCGUGGGAGCCGUGGGGCGGGCACCUGAGAAGUCCAGGGCGCGGGGAUCCCUUGUGUUUCUCGGAGCUCAGGUCAGUUUUGCAUCUUCUGGGAUGAAUAUUUGGUAGGGCAUCAGGGCAUCUGCCCCUGAGGGUGAGGAUGGAGGAAACGUCGUGGGGGCCGCUCAGGAGACGCAGGCAUUACAUGCGCUCGGCUGAGCAGAGGCUGGGCUGUCCCACGGCCGCCUGUUGCCUGUCACCAGCUUCUCAGCUGGAAGAACCACCGGGAGGGGGCCGGUCACCUGCCUGUGAAGGGGGAGAGUUGGCCCGUGAGAAGCGAGUCCCGUUCUGAGCCUGGAGGCCCGCCUGGGAAUCCACCUGACCGGGCCCCAAGGACCGAGAUGAGCAGCCCGAGGCCUUUGUUCUUGGGUCUGAGUGUCAGGCUUCCCACCACCUGUGCCGGGCACUCUGAGUGAUGCCAGGGGCCUGGGUGGGCUCUUUGUAGUCACUGUCACUGCCUGGUGGCCAGACCAUCUGAGGGGUCUCUGCCCAGGGGUCCCCACCGGUUUUUUCAUCAAAGGAAAGGAAAGGAGGGAUCCCAGGAGGCAGGUGCUGAGAGAGGAGAUGAAUUGAAGAUCAAAAACCUAAAAAAGACUGGGACUUCCCUGGUGGUCCAGUGGGGCAGAGCGUCCCCCAAUCUUGCCAGAUGUCCUGAAGAAGAUUGGGGACACCCCGAUGGUGAGGGUCAACAAGAUCGGAAGGAACUUUGGCCUGAAGUGCGAGCUCCUGGCCAAGUGUGAGUUCUUCAACGCGGGCGGGAGUGUGAAGGACCGCAUCAGCCUGCGGAUGAUCGAGGACGCCGAGCGCGAGGGGACCCUGAAGCCCGGGGACACCAUCAUCGAGCCGACGUCAGGGAACACAGGGAUCGGGCUGGCCCUGGCAGCCGCCGUGAAGGGCUACCGCUGUAUCAUCGUGAUGCCGGAGAAGAUGAGCACGGAGAAGGUGGACGUCCUGCGGGCCCUGGGGGCGGAGAUCGUGAGGACGCCCACCAACGCCCGAUUCGACUCCCCUGAGUCGCAUGUGGGGGUGGCCUGGAGGCUGAGGAACGAGAUCCCCAAUUCUCACAUCCUGGACCAGUACCGCAAUGCCAGCAACCCCCUUGCUCACUAUGACAUCACGGCCGAGGAGAUCCUGCAACAGUGUGACGGGAGGCUGGACAUGCUGGUGGCGUCGGCGGGCACGGGUGGCACCAUCACAGGUAUCGCCAGGAAGCUGAAGGAGAAGUGCCCUGGGUGCAAGAUCAUCGGGGUGGAUCCCGAAGGCUCCAUCCUCGCAGAGCCCGAGGAGCUGAACCAGACGGAGCAGACGGCCUACGAGGUGGAAGGGAUCGGCUAUGACUUCAUCCCCACAGUGCUGGACCGGACGGUGGUGGACAGGUGGUUCAAGAGCAACGACGAGGAGGCCUUCGCCUUCGCCCGCAUGCUGAUCGCGCAGGAGGGGCUGCUGUGCGGUGGCAGCGCCGGCAGUGCCAUGGCCGUGGCCGUGAAGGCGGCCCGGGAGCUGCGGGAGGGGCAGCGCUGCGUGGUGAUCCUGCCGGACUCCGUGCGGAACUACAUGUCUAAGUUCCUGAGCGACAAGUGGAUGCUGCAGAAGGGCUUCAUGAAGGAGGAGGACCUCUCGGGGAAGAAGCCAUGGUGGUGGCACCUCCGAGUUCAGGAGCUGAGCCUGUCGGCCCCGCUGACUGUGCUGCCCACGGUCACCUGUGAGCACACCAUUGAGAUCCUGCGGGAGAAGGGCUUCGACCAGGUGCCCGUGGUGGACGAGUCGGGGGUGAUCCUGGGGAUGGUGACCCUGGGGAACAUGCUGUCGUCCCUGCUCGCAGGGAAGCUUCAGCCAUCGGACCAAGUUUGCAAGGUCAUCUACAAGCAGUUCAAACAGAUCCGCCUGACGGACCCGCUGGGCAAGCUCUCGCACAUCCUGGAGAUGGACCACUUCGCCCUGGUGGUCCACGAGCAGAUCCAGUACCAGAGCCACGGGGAGUCCAGUAAGAGGCAGAUGGUGUUCGGGGUCGUCACUGCCAUCGACUUGCUGAACUUUGUGGCCGCCCGCGAGCGGAACCGGAGGAUAAAGUCAGGAAGUGCCUUGGAACCCAGAGGCGCCGGGACCGCGGCCGAGCCCUGAUCCCCACCGAGCCUGCUCGGCAGCUCCCUUUUGCUUUUGUAAACACUAAAUAACAAGCACGUGAUUUUUAGCCGCCUGGCGCUGGGCAUCACUCCUUCGCCAUGGGCAGCAAGGAUGCUCACUGCUUAGCCCGGGGCCGGCAGAGAUGUUAUAGUUUCCCUGGCUCCUAAAUGAAUCUAUUUAUAGUUUAUUUGAUUAGAUGUGUUUUUCUUUAACUAACUUUCUCUUAAAAUGUUUCAACGAGCAAAGCUAUCAAAAGAGAACUCAGUCAGGCGGAUGGACCCCUGCCGUGACCAGGCAGGGUGACUGAAGGCAGAGGCCAGUGCCUUUCCCAGGAGUCCAGAGAGGGGAGCAGCAGAAGGGGGCCCAGGAAACUUGGGGUCGGAACAGUGGCCCUUCUUCCGGCAGCGUGGUCCACUUGGGGCCGGGUUGGUUGGAGUGGUGUGAGUGUUUGGGGUUUUUAAUUGAGGUGAAACUCACAACCUAAAAUGAUCAAUUUUCACGUGUGAUUCAGUAGCGUUUCUUAGAGGUCGUCCAGCCACCGUGUCUGUCAAGUUCCAGAACAUUUCCUCCCCCUAUUAAGUAGUCACUCCCCUCUCCCCUGCUCUCCUGGCCCCCACUGUUCUGCUUUCUGUCCCCAUGGAUUUCCCUAUUUUGGAUACUUCAUAUAAAAAGAAUCAUAUAAU